UUAAAAAGCAGGCCCGGCGUUUCCAAUAAUUUGCUUAGCAACUUAUUUAAGCUCCAUAAACAAGUAAAUCACAAAAAUGGCCGAAACCGAGAAAAUCGAAGUUCGCGACAUAACGCGCAUCGAACGCAUUGGCGCCCAUUCACACAUCCGCGGUUUGGGUUUGGACGAUGUUCUGGAGGCACGUUUGGUUUCCCAGGGCAUGGUGGGCCAGAAGGAUGCCCGCCGAGCCGCCGGAGUUGUGGUCCAAAUGGUGCGCGAGGGUAAAAUCGCCGGAAGAUGCAUCCUGUUGGCUGGAGAGCCCAGCACCGGCAAGACGGCUAUCGCCGUGGGAAUGGCUCAGGCCCUGGGCACUGAGACUCCAUUCACCAGUAUGUCGGGGUCGGAGAUAUAUUCACUGGAGAUGAGCAAAACUGAGGCCUUGUCCCAGGCUCUGCGCAAAAGUAUUGGCGUUCGCAUCAAGGAGGAAACUGAGAUCAUCGAGGGUGAAGUGGUGGAGAUACAAAUCGAGCGCCCAGCUACGGGAACCGGACAAAAAGUGGGCAAGGUUACCCUAAAGACCACAGAGAUGGAGACCAACUACGAUUUGGGCAACAAGAUUAUUGAGUGCUUCAUGAAGGAAAAGAUCCAGGCAGGCGAUGUCAUCACCAUAGACAAGGCUUCCGGGAAAGUUAACAAGCUGGGCAGAAGCUUCACCCGAGCCAGGGACUACGAUGCUACUGGAGCCCAAACUAGAUUCGUUCAAUGCCCGGAGGGUGAGCUGCAGAAACGCAAGGAGGUGGUGCACACCGUCACCCUUCACGAGAUCGAUGUGAUCAAUAGUCGCACCCACGGAUUCCUGGCUCUGUUCUCCGGCGACACUGGUGAAAUCAAGCAAGAAGUACGCGACCAAAUCAACAACAAAGUGCUCGAGUGGCGCGAGGAGGGAAAAGCUGAAAUAAACCCGGGAGUUCUCUUUAUCGAUGAAGUUCAUAUGCUAGAUAUCGAGUGUUUCUCCUUCCUGAAUCGAGCUCUGGAGUCGGACAUGGCUCCUGUGGUUGUGAUGGCCACCAACAGAGGAAUCACUCGCAUCAGGGGCACAAACUAUCGCAGUCCCCACGGCAUUCCGAUCGAUCUGCUUGAUCGUAUGAUCAUCAUUCGCACGGUUCCCUAUUCGGAAAAGGAAGUCAAGGAGAUUCUGAAGAUUCGUUGCGAGGAAGAGGACUGCAUCAUGCACCCAGAUGCUCUAACCAUUCUCACGCAUAUUGCCACCAACACGAGUCUGCGCUAUGCCAUCCAGUUGAUCACCACCGCCAACUUGGUGUGUCGCCGUCGCAAGGCCACAGAAGUGAACACGGAGGAUGUGAAGAAGGUAUACUCGCUGUUCCUAGACGAGAAUCGCUCGAGCAAGAUACUGAAGGAGUACCAAGACGACUACAUGUUUAGCGAAAUCAACGAGCAGGAGGAGCAGGAUCCAGCUUCUGGCGGAGGAGCCAAGCGCCGUGUAGACGUCGGCAGUGGCGACGGCCAGCCUAUGGAGCACUAAAGCGUACAUUAUUAGCAUCUCCUCCGAAUACAUUCUCAUGACCAUUUUUAUUGAUCAUAAAAAUAAAUAAGCUGUUUAUGACUUA